GAUCAUCUUCUAUAAUUCCUAUCCAUAAAACAACACCAUUCAUAGUAAUAACAAUGGCAGCUGUUCAACUUCAUUCUCCCGUUCGAUUUCGAAAUACUUCGAAGAAUUAUAGUCAUGUAGUUGCUACCAGAGCAUCAUCAUCAUCUGUAUCUUCGAAUCUACCCAUUUCAACCCCCAAAUCAUCAGAUUUCAGUCGAUUGAUUUCUACACUUAAAUCCGAGUCUCUGAAUUUUGCGUUAUCCGGAACCCUAGCUCUCGCAGUAUCUUUUUCAGGAGUUGGAUUUGCUGAAGCAAAAGUUGGGGUAAAUAAGCCAGAAUUGCUUCCCAAAAACUUCACCACAGUCAUUGAUGUUGCAGGUUUCCUCUCAGAUGGUCAGGAGAAAAGGCUUGCAAAGGAGAUUGAUUCAAUUGAAAAAGAUACCGGAUUCAAGCUCAGAGUUCUAGCUCAGAACUAUCCUGAUACCCCUGGAUUAGCAAUCAAAGACUUCUGGAAAGUUGAUGAUAGAACUAUUGUUUUUGUAGCUGAUCCUACAUUUGGAAAUAUUUUGAAUUUUAAUGUUGGGGAGUCUGUGGAUUUGGAUAUACCAAGAAGCUUUUGGAGUCGAUUAGCAGGGAAAUAUGGGAAUAUGUUUUACUUGAAAGAAAACGGAGAGGAUGCAUCUGUUGAAGCUGCAGUUAUGGCAAUAUCUAAUUGCUUAAGAGAACCGGUGGGAGCUAACAAUUGUGCAGAGGUAAAAUAAGUGGCAAGGUAAUUAUGAAGAGUGAAAAAAAAACUUUUACAACUUGUAACUCAUUAAAUUUAAUAUCAUGAAAAUUGUAAAAAUUGUGUUAUACCAAUAUGGGGUAUGUAUUUUGUUUUUUACCCAUAAUAGCAAUGUAACUCAUUUUCUAUUAAUGUCUAUUGAUAUUUU